CCAACACAACACAGCUCCCUUAAAACCAUCAUCCUUGAAGUUUCUUCCAUUGCUUAGUUCUCAAGUCGUGAUCAUCAUGGGUGUUUACACUUAUGAAAGCGAGUUCACCUCCGAGAUCCCACCACCCAAACUGUUCAAGGCCUUCGUUCUUGACGCUGAUCACCUCAUCCCCAAGAUAGCACCUCAGGCAGUUAAGUGUGCUGAGAUCCUCGAAGGAGAUGGCGGCCCCGGAACGAUCAAGAAGAUCACUUUCGGUGAAGGCAGCCACUACGGGUACGUGAAGCACAAGAUCCACUCCAUUGACAAAGAGAACCACGUCUACAGUUACAGUUUGAUCGAGGGAGAUGCCUUGUCAGACACCAUUGAGAAGAUCGACUAUGAGACCAAGUUGGUGGCAGCUCCUCACGGAGGAACCAUAAUCAAGAGCACCAGCAAGUACCACACCAAGGGAGAUGUGGAGAUCAAGGAGGAGCACGUCAAAGCAGGAAAAGAAAAGGCCUCGCACCUCUUCAAGCUCAUUGAGGGAUACCUCAAGGACCACCCCAGCGAAUACAACUAAUUAAGUUAUGUUGGAUAUGUAUAUGAUGUUUGAGUACUAGCUAGCUAUGAUCGAUCUUAGUACUCAAAUGGGUGUGUGGUUUUUAUGUUGGUUUCUGUCAGUCCAGAACAGCCAUGGGUUUGGGCAGUUCGGGCUUGAGUAAAAUAAGUGUCUGGUGUGUGAUCUUCUGGUUGCUUGUGAUGUUUCUGUUUGGGAUAAAACAGUUGCAGACUGAACACAGUGUAUUAUCUUCUAUGAAUAUAAAUGAAACUACAAAGAUAACUAA